CAGAAGUGAAAGAUUACUGUUUUUCGCUGGCACUGUUUUCUUGAAAUGGCUGUCAGUCCUACAGCAGAACAAACAUGUCCACCUCCAAUGAAGGCUACAUCAAAUGGCAUCUUCCAGGGUGAUAACCCGCUUGAUUUUGAGCUUCCUCUUCUCAUUUUACAGAUAUGCCUGGUAAUUGUUCUCACACGGGGUCUUGCUUUUCUUCUGAGGCCCCUGAGACAGCCACGUGUUAUCGCAGAGAUCAUUGGAGGAGUUAUACUUGGGCCAUCAGUUCUGGGUCGAAAUAAGCAGUAUUUGCAAGUUGUAUUUCCACCUAAAAGUCUCACAGUUUUAGAUACUCUGGCAAACCUAGGCCUCAUUUUCUUUUUAUUUCUUGCUGGCCUAGAAUUAGAUCCGAGAUCGCUUUGCCGUACUGGAAAGCAGGCACUUUGUAUUGCUAUUGCUGGAAUUAGUCUCCCUUUUGCAUUAGGAAUUGGUUCUUCAUUUAUCCUCAAGGCAACCAUAUCCAAGGGUUUAGGUGGUGCCUCAUUUCUUGUGUUCAUGGGUGUGGCACUUUCAAUUACUGCCUUCCCUGUCUUAGCUCGUAUCUUGGCUGAAUUGAAGCUUCUAACCACAGAUGUUGGCAGAAUGGCUAUGUCAGCUGCAGCUGUCAAUGAUGUAGCUGCAUGGAUUCUGCUUGCUCUUGCGGUUGCCUUAUCUGGGUCCAAUCAUUCUCCCCUUGUUUCAUUAUGGGUCUUCUUGGGUGGCUGCAUUUUUGUAAUCUGUUCAAUUAUCAUCAUUCCCCCAGUGUUCAGAUGGAUGUCUAAAAGAUGCCAUGAAGGUGAGCCAGUUGGAGAGAUGUAUAUUUGUGCUACCUUGGGUGUUGUUCUGGCUGCUGGGUUUGUAACUGAUGCAAUCGGAAUUCAUGCGAUGUUUGGUGCAUUUGUCAUUGGAGUUCUCAUCCCAAAGGAAGGACCAUUUGCUGGUGCUCUUGUGGAGAAAGUUGAGGAUCUCGUAUCUGGUCUGUUCCUGCCAUUGUACUUCGUGUCUAGUGGACUGAAGACAAAUAUUGCUUCAGUUAAAGGGCUCCAGUCCUGGGGUCUUCUGGUUCUUGUCAUUUUCACAGCAUGUUUCGGGAAGAUUGUUGGCACUGUUGUUGUGACUCUUUCUUGCAAAGUGCCUCUUCGUGAGGCUGUAGCAUUGGGGUUCCUCAUGAAUACUAAGGGAUUGGUGGAACUCAUUGUUCUGAACAUUGGUAAAGAUAGAAAGGUUCUCAAUGAUCAGACUUUUGCUAUUAUGAUAUUAAUGGCUCUUUUUACAACCUUCAUAACAACUCCAGCCGUCAUGGCUGCAUAUAAGCCAGCAAGAAGAGCAAAGAGAUCAGAUGACUACAAGCACAGGACUAUUGAAAGGAAAAAUCCGGAAAGUCAACUUCGACUCCUUGCCUGUUUCCAUAGUGCCAGAAACAUCCCAACAAUAAUAAAUCCUGAGGUUUCACGAGGAAUUGUGAAGCAUGAUGGACUUUGUGCAUAUGUGAUGCACCUCAUGGAGCUCUCUGAAAGGUCCUCAGCUAUAUUAAAGGUCCAUAAUGUGAGGAAAAAUGGGUUACCUUUCUGGAAUAAGAACCGACCCAAUCAUGUAGUUGUUGCAUUUGAGGCUUUUCAGCAAUUGAGCCAGGUUUCUGUCCGUCCUAUGACUGCCAUCUCUUCAAUGUCUGACAUACACGAGGACAUUUGUACCAGUGCUGAGUUGAAGAGGGCAGCAAUUAUAAUUCUUCCAUUUCACAAGCAUCAGAGACUGGAUGGUUCCUUGGAGACUACUAGAACUGACUUUCGCUGGGUUAACCAGAGGGUUCUUGAGCAUGCAUCAUGUUCUGUUGGAAUUCUAGUUGAUCGUGGUCUGGGUGGAACUUCUCAGGUAACUGCAAGCAACGUUUCUUAUAACAUUACAGCCCUUUUCUUUGGUGGUCAUGAUGACAGGGAAGCACUUGCUUAUGGGGCUCGAAUGGCUGAGCACCCAGGUGUUACUUUGACUUUCAUUCACUUCUUAAUUGGAUCUACGAGUGUAGGAGAGAUCGUAAGAGUAGACACUGAUGAUGGCAAUUCAACGAGCCAGUUGGGAUUGUCAGACUCGGACUUCCUUAAUCAGUUUAAGCAGAAGGCAUCAGCUGAGAAUUCAAUAUUUUAUGAAGAGAAGGUUGUUGGAAAUGCAGCGGAAACCAUUGGCGUGAUUCGUGAGGUAAGUCGGUGCAAUCUUUUCUUGGUGGGUCGAAUGCCUGAAGGUGAAGUAGCCUUAGCUCUAAGUGGGAGGAACGAAUACCCUGAACUGGGCCCUGUUGGGAGUUUAUUGGCUUCUUGUGAUUUCUCAACAACGGCAUCAGUGUUGGUGAUCCAACGAUACAAAGGAAAUAGAAGGUUGGAUUUGAUUUCAGUAAGUCUAGAAUGAAAAUUACUGGUAAGAGUCUUUGGUAGUUGUGAAAAGUAGAAAGAAGUUUUUAAGUUUUCUGAUACACGGCUUCAGGGAUAGCCUCUUUGUAAACUUUAGUUUGUUUUUUUGAAGGAUGGUAAUUCUGGUUUGGAUUUUUUUUUUUUUUUUUUUAAUCUUUCUCAUCCCUGUGGAAAUUAUGAAAUUGAAGUUAGGAUGUAAUAAAUAAUAACCAGGUUUUGGUGGGGCUGCUGCA